UCUCCCCCUCCCCCUCCGUCUCCGUCCCAAUCCACUCACCGUCACCGCUCCUUCCCCAGCUAGCACCAAGCAAGCAUCUCCUGUCCUCUCCCUCCGUCGCCACGAUGAUGAGCUGCGGCGGCAUGGGCUCGGGGGUGGCGCCGUUCGUGGCCAAGACGUACGGGAUGGUGGACGACCGUGCCACCGACGCCGUGGUCGCGUGGGGCCCCGCCGGGAACAGCUUCGUCGUCGCCGACCCCUUCGCCUUCUCGGAGAUGCUGCUGCCGGCGCACUUCAAGCACGCCAACUUCUCCAGCUUCGUCCGGCAGCUCAACACCUACGGCUUCCGCAAGGUCGACCCGGACCGCUGGGAGUUCGCGCACGCCUCCUUCCUCCGCGGCCAGACGCACCUCCUCCCCCGCAUCGUCCGGCGCCGCCAGGGCAGCGGCAAGCGCGGCAAGGGCGACGGGGCCGACGGCGACGAGGAGGAUGACACCGGCGCGACGGCGCUGGCCAUGGAGGUGGUCCGGCUGAGGAACGAGCAGAGAGCGACGGAGGAGCGCGUGGCGGACAUGUGGCGCCGGGUGCAGGAGACGGAGCGCCGGCCCAAGCAGAUGCUCGCCUUCCUCCUCAAGGUCGUCGGCGACCCCGACGUGCUGCGCCGCCUCGCGGGCAGCGGCCAGGACGAGGGCGCGCGGGCCAACACGCAGCGGCUGCUCCUCGACAGCAGCGAAGCCCAGAGGAGGAUGUCCGUCGACGGCGCGGGGGUCGACGAGAUGAUGUUGUACCACGGCAGCGGCAUGAACCUCAACCUGGAGGAGGCCUUGAUGCCGGAGGAAGGGUUGUGCUACGCCGGAGGCGACGUCCAGGCGGGCGGCGGAGGCCAGACGUACGCGCUCCACGUUGACAGCGGCUACUGACUGCGUGCGUGAAGUGAAGGCUGUGUGUGUGUUGGUUGUUGGUUCGGCUGGUGUGCGUGCUUUCGCCAUGUGUGCACGUGAGUAUUUUGUGGCUAUGUAGAGAGAGGAUUAAUUAGGCACGUGAGGGAAAUAGUGGAGUAUCUAUAGUCAGUCGGUCAGGUUCUCCAUGACUGACAUGUGUAGCAUUCUACCGGAUGUACAGUACAGACUACAGCCGCCGCCCGCUAUGUGGAUUACUCUGCUGGCAAGUUGUUGUGAUUUUCUUCGAGUAAAAGCAGUUUUAUUCCAUAGCAUGACUCAAAA